AGUUGCAACCACAAUCCAAACCUUUGCAGCCCUGCGCAAAUGAUGAUGAUGAUGAUGGUGAGGAUGGGUGGACCAAGCAGAGCAGAUCCAUAGAGCUCGUUUCCUCUGCUGGCUUCAACGCAGCAUCAACAAAGCCCCUUGCAACCUGCACCCCCCACCCUUCCUCCCUCUCUCCCCGCCUGCAGCCCUGGACGCACGACCGGAUCACAAGCCCACGGUAGCCUGAUCCCAAUGCAUUAUUUACGCACCAAACUUCAGCAACUCAUCCACCGGAUAUGGCUGCCGGUCUGAGGAGGUGGAAGAGGAGGUGUGAGACAGGGCAAGCCGGGACAGCGGACCCGAAUGCGGCCACUUGGUGCUCGUUGCACCCGGGCAGGGAUGCAGGAGGAGGAGGAGGAGAGGGGAAGCGUGCAAGAAGAAGGAGCAGGUGGCGGAGCAGAGCGUUGGGCAUGCCUGCAAAGUGUGUGCUGUCUGCGGGGAUCUUUUUACUCCUGCUCCGGUGCUCUUUGGCCGCAGAGGAAAAGAACACCUACGAUGCCUCCGGCUCCUCCUUAAGCGACCUAGCGGUCCCGGCUGCUCCUGCUCAUCCACCGGUUGACCAGUCACUGGAACAGCGGGUCUUCCAUUCAGAAGGCAGCACAGUAUCAGAAGGGGAAGGUCUAUCGGGCCAGGCUGCCUUUUCGUCUGUCUUAACUGUCAUGGCGGGGACUGUCAAACACCCAGAGAGCCUUGAUCACAGUCACACCUCCACACCUCUCUCCAGUGAAAACACCACACAAUGGCCUUCACACAGUUCCGGCCGAGGCUCGGAGACAGCAUCUUCAUCGUUCUCCAUCUGGGGCAACAGGACCCAACUGGGGAGUUCGUCAGCCGGAACAAAUAAGUUAACACCCGUGACAUCCAGAGUGUCUGGGCCCGCUGUCCCCAAAGAGGCCAAACUCACCCCUUCUCAAUCCACCGCAAUGAAUCCUCCUCCUGGUCCCACUGAGAGCACAUCUCAGGUAUCACCGCUGACUGCUCAACAGGACACCACAACAGCCUCCCUGACGCUCACAACCACCACCAUCGUGACUUCAAGCACCACAACAGGAAAACCCAAUAGUUCAGCGCCUUCGCAGUUACCCACUGUGACCACCAGGAAAACAUCCACCACCACGACCAUCAGGACUCCAAUUACUAGGCGCCUAUUCCCACCACCCGUUCUUAGGACAAGCCCUCCGAGAGGGACCACAACUGUCUUUGUGUCCCCUUUUACCACCACCACUGAAGCUCCACCUCAGCAGUGCAACAUCACUGAGAGAAUGUGGGUGAGAACAGUUGUGUCCAUCUACGUGAGAAGGAACAGGCUGGACAGCAUCCAGAGGCAGAAUCUACGCAGAGGACUCAGUCAAGGCCUGAGGAAAGCUUUGAAUGAUAGUUCAGCCCAAGCACAGGUAGAGACUGUAUUUGGGUCCCCCAACAUGACGGUGGCUUAUCACGUGACUGGGAGAGAAAUGGUUUACAUCCCCUCCGUUGUGCUUUCGGGCUUGGAUGCUUACGGUCGAGAUAAGCUGAUUGCAGACUUGCGACAGUACCUUCCCAUGGUGACAGCGCUGCCCAUUCCCGUCGGAGUGUGGAGAUCAAACCCGGCUCUUGGAUUCCAGCUGAAAACAGUUCUGCAGUUUGUGGGUGUUGCCGAUGAUCCGCGAUCCUGUCAGUUUUCCCAAAUGAUGGAACAAAGGCUGGAGAAGGUUUUUUCAGAAGCACAGGCCAAAGUGCUCAGUGACAACAGCAAACUGUCUGUACAAAUGCUGAGUGUUUCCCAAGCUGCAAGCUCUCCUGCUGUGUCAUUGGUUUACAGUGUGAAGAAUGGGACUGUCUUUCUUAAUGGCACCACUGCGUCAAACCUCCUUGGUCAGCUGUCCGCUGAGCUGGUGGGCUACUUCCUCUUCUACCCGCCGCUUAUCGUCGCUGAGCCUUUGGAAUAUCACAACCUGAACACCUCUAUUGCCACCAGAGACUUUUGGGUUAUCACAGUAAUCCAGGAUGUGGAUAACGACAGCCUGGAGGGACUGUACCAAAGCUUUGCCAGUCUGAUGGAGCAGCGACUUGCAGAGUUGUUUGUUUUGGCAGGCCAGCAAGGUACUCGAUUCAGACGUGCUACUGCUGUCGGCAGCUACACUGUGCAGAUGGUGAGUAUGAAAAGGGUGUCAGGAUUGAAGAACCCAGCAGAGAUGACGUACUAUGUGCAGCACAAUGGCAUUCCUUUAGCGGGCACGUCAGCUGCCAAGGUCCUCAACACGGUGGAUUCUCAGACGAUGGCACUCACCUUGGGCUACUUUGUUCAGCUGCAAGCAGAACCCGUGGUCAAGAACCCUCCCAAUAACCUUUGGAUCAUCGCCGCAGUGUUGGCGCCCAUCGCCGUGGUGACACUCAUUAUACUCAUCAUCACAGCCGUGCUGUGCAGAAAGAACAAGAAGGACUUUAAAGCGGAUGCCAUCGGCAACCUUAAUCCACGAGCUAAGAUGGCAUAUCGGCGAGAUGUGAACUACUAUCACCAGCCGGUCCAAGGUUUUGACUAUGCCAAGCAACAUUUGGGCCAACAGGGAGGAGAUGAGGAGACCCUACCAGGUGGUCAGGAUACUUUAGUGAUGUCCCUACAAAUUCGGGAUGCACCGCUUUCCCUGGAGAAGACCUUGAAACACGAAGGCACAGUCACCAAGGCGAACCUUACUGGUGACAAACACAAAAGCAAGUUGUUGAGUGAGGACGGUUCCGUCAUCAGCAGCGAAUCAGAGAGGCGGAAUUCCGUCAGAGGGUUGAUGGCGCCGAAAAUCACAGCGCAGCAAAAACUGACAAAGGAGGAGGCCCGCAAGAGAGAUGAUCCAUAUGAUUCCUCUUCAGGCUCCCUGCAGCUCAUUUCUAUAAAGCCAAUAACGGCUCAUCCCAAGUACUCGCAGCAUGCGUCUUCUGAUCGCAAACAAAAUGCUGCCAUGGUCAAUGGAGAGGUGAACCUGGCUCACAAGCAGAGGUCGGAUAUUGAAAACUAUCGGAAUAAGCUGCGACUCAAGACGAAGAAGAAGGACUAUUACGACUUUCCUUCCAUAGAUGGCAGCAGUUACGGAGGACAGGGCCUCUUGCAAACUCAGCGGCAGGAUCAUGGGAGGGCGGAGCCAGAUGAGGAGCGGAAUUCCACUUAUGUCAAGUCUCAUGUAAGGCGCUCCCAGGUAGGGCAGACAUCCUAUCGCAGUAGACAGAGCCUGAACACUCCAAGUCCUGGAGGAACCGAGAUGGACCUCCUUGUGAUGAGGGAGAGACCCAGGAAAGGCAUCCGAAACAGUGGCUAUGAUACUGAGCCCGAGUUGAUCAAAGAGACAAAUGUGGACCAUUUAAUGGACCAGAGAGGCUUUGUGUAUGGCCGUGGUCUGAAAGGCCAGUCACAGACGUCCACUCUGAGCUCACAGCCGUCCAUUGAUGAAGUGCGGCAGCAGAUGCACCUGCUCCUGGAGGAGGCAUUCAGCCUGGCGUCGGGGGGACAGUCCACAUCCGGGAGGCAUUCCCACUCCCAUCCUCGCCCUCCUUCUGAACAAUACAGUGUCGCACCACUUCCUUAUGCAGAUGUGGUGACCAGCGCUCCGGGCACUAUGAGCUGUGGUCGUGGAGGACUGCAGUGGAGUCCAUCUUAUGGAGCGGACGUGUACCAGUGCAGUCUGCCUAAACCAGCCUUUCACUUCACCCAGCUGCCUGAUAUGGCAAUUAACUCUCCUCCCCCUUUGCCGCCCCGCACUGGACCCCCUCCUGGCACCUCCUUAAGACGGUCCAUCUCUGACCUGGGCCCCAAGGGAAGGAGCUCUCAGACAUCAGUCACUGAAAUGCAGAGUCCACAUGACAACAACCCAUAUGGGCCAAGCUCCAGGGCAGCACUCCCAUCUAUCACUAUAGAGCAGCCUGUGUCCAACUACUCAGGAAACCCAAUAACAGCCGUCUAUUCCAUCCCAGCCAGCAGGACCGGCUACUCGGACUAUUACGUCUCCGCCUCGCCCACUUCCUACCACAGUCCUUCCUGGAUGUCCUAUCCUCCUGAACCUGAAGAUGUGCCGCCUCAGUGGGCAGACUCACUGUCCUUGCCAGGAUAUGUUGAGGCUUUUCCUCAUCCUCGCUACCCACAGGGGAGCCCCUCGUUACUCCCCUUACAGUACACUCAGACUCUGGACCAACAACCUGCCAUCCAGAGCACAGCGUCCCAGAAAAGCCUGCCGCAGGCGGGGAAGGACAUGGAUAGCAUUCCCUUGAGCAACCUCUCCACCUCCGCCCUUGUGCACGCGAUAAGGCAAGAGGUGGCCAAGCUGGCCAAGAAGCAAAGCGACAUGUUUGAUUUCUAGUACGGAUCCAUCAUCCUGCCCCCUUGUGUGCAGGAGCUCACAACAAACUGAUUUUUGAUGUUUUUACUGUAAUGUUACCAGAUCUUAUUUACUCAUUGACUGGUUGAUUUAUUUUCCUACACCUGUCAACUGCUGACAUAAAACAACAAUUGCUUUUUGGGAGACUGAUGCAAUUGCUGUCCCUUAGUGACUGCACACUUGUAAUUGUAGAUAUGUCAAUAGGAUGGGCAUAUGAUAAGGAACCUGAACAUGAAAUGAAAAGUUCAACCAUUUUUACCAAAAGGACCAAACACUUCCUAACAAGCAUGAUAUUUUAAUCUCAUUUUAUGGAGGCCUCAACAUGCCAAAGCCAACCUCCUCAUCAAACUCAACAAUUCCAAUAUUUUUAAUUGUGUCUUUUAUUAUCAGGCUUGGGCCGCCAUAAAAACCCUCGGUGAAGAAUAAAAGACGUUAAAUCAAUACGCACAUUUGGCGAUUCAUCUUGGUGGAAGAGAGACUCAUUCUUUACUUUGGGAUAAAAGCCUUCUCAGACUGCAAUAGACUAAAUUGUUAAUGCAGAAUUGCUGUCUGGGGAUUGCAAAGCGGGUUCGACGGCAUAUAAGUGCAUGGAGUUUUAUAGCAUGGAUGAUGCAUAAACAUCCACAUGCUUUAGAGUGACUCUGUAAUGAAAUCCAGGAUUACAAAAAGACAAUUAUCAGUUCAGGUCAUAUUCUCACGAGAAAUGAUUUACAAUGAACAAAUGCUUGUAUCCCCCCAAAAUCUCCUCUACGCAUAGCCAGGGCACUUGAUGGUCAUCAGCAAUGACUCAAUGUUUUUUUUUUUACAUGAUGGCAACUGGUUGAGACACAAGGAAGUAAAUGAACAUGAGCUAAACACUGUAAAACCUGUCUUUUUGUCUUCCAUGACUGAUUUCCUAAUUUCCAAUUAAUCUGCUCAUUAGGUCGAGACAGUGGUGAGACAAUUGGAGAGUGAAAGAACUAAUAGCCUACAUGAUUAAACUGAAAUAAAAGAUUUUUUAUUAGAAUACCAGAGUUGGUGGUUUUUGAUUCCCACCCCCCAUUCCCACAACAACGUGGAAGUAUAACAACAUCUGAUUUGUCUUGAAUACAGAUGCAAAGCAAAAUACAGACCGGUAGCUAGUGAUAUCCGUGGCUACAAACGUCCAGCAAGUGUGAAAUUAUGAAAAGCCGAUUAUUCCAAAAUUAGC